AUGUAAUUUUGCGAUAAUUCAUUGAAUAUCUCGGAACCAUCUGAAGUCACCAAUCUCAAAUGCAUGGUUUUCGUGACUUUCGUUUCAACUUACUCAAUAGUUGCUAUUAUCAUACUUGUACUCUACAUUAUACACAGAGUUGAGAUAAUUAGAGAAAAAAACCGAAGAAUUAGAGAGGACUAAUAGUGUGAUGAACUUAAGACAUCCCCAUAAUCAAAGUUAUCUAAGUACGGAAAAGCAACUGUCUAAAAUAGAGACAGAGAAGAAAGUGAGUAUUAAUUGCCUUGGAAAUCAAUAAACUAAAAUUAAACUCUAGGUCAGACUACAGAAUCAAACUAUAAUCCCUUGAGCAAUGGCGGAAAUAUAUAUAGAAAUUAUAAGACAAGUAGCAUGAGAAGUUAAAAUGAGGACUAAUCUCUCUUAAGUAGAGUUGGUGGUAGGUCUAUUGAUGAUUUGCAAGGAACUUUUCACUCUAGAAAUAGGAGCAUGAGUAGAUAGCAAAUACUUUUGAGGCCUGAUAAAAGAUUAAGUUUUGGCAUGCUUGAUGAAGAUGAGUAGUAAUCUCAAUCUAAUAAUGAAAAUCUACUCAGUCAAUUCAAUAGCAGCAAAAUUACAGGUGAUAAUUAAAAACAAAUUUCUCUGAGGAAAUGA